AAGCACAUGGUAACCACUGUGGAAAAGUGUUCAACCCAACUGGAUGGUUACAUUCUUGUUUUAAUCUCCACAUGUCAGGACUGGCGUUGUUGGUUAAUCAAGCAAGUUUAAUUCAUUUCCAUCAUGGUUCGAGUAAAAAGGGGGAAGCCUGUACAGAGGCUAAAAAAGACAGAGCAGUACGAUGGAGAUGACCCUGAAGCCUACAGAAACAUGCCUGUCCCUGAUAAGAAAUCGUCACAGUACACAAAGGAUAAAAUCGAUGAGUUUCACGAUGAGAAGAUUGCAAAACUUCUCGCCAGUGGUGUUCAAAUUGAGAGUGACCCAGAGGAAGUGGAUGAUGAGGAGGAGGUGAUGGCACUGGAUGAUUCUGAGUCAGAGGAGGAAGAGGAGGAGGAGGAGGAAGAAGAAGAAGAGGGGACAGACAUGGAGAGUGAUCUCGAGGAGAAAAAAGAAGAAGAUCUUCCUAAUGAAAUGGCGUGGGGCACCAAGAAGAAGAUGUUCUAUGACACUGACAUUGUGACCACCAAAGGUAAAUUAAGAGAAGAGUUGGAAGCUGAGGAACAAGAGGAAGAAGAAGAGGCUAAAAUUAUCCAAAAGCGUUUAGCUGCAAAUCUGAGCGAGGAGGAUUAUGAUUUAAACUUUUUCCAGGACUUUGCUGUGGUGGAGAAGGACGAAACGAAGAAGGUAGAAAAGGAGGAGAGGAUUGUGAAAGACCUGAAGCAGAUGUCCCAGAAGGAAAAAAUAAAACUUUUGAAGAAGGAGUCACCAGAGCUGCUUGAACUUAUUCAGGAUUUCAAGGCAAAGCUCACUGAACUGAAGGAUGAGCUGCAGCCCCUCAUUCAGAUGGUCAAGGAUGGAAAGAUCCCACCAGGAAAGGGUGCUGACUACCUCAAGACAAAACAGCAGCUUUAUCUCAAUUACUGUACAAACAUCAGUUUCUACAUGGUUCUGAAAGCGAAACGAAUCCCGGCUCAUCACCAUCCUGUGAUUGAAAGACUGCUCACCUACAGAAAUCUCAUCAAUGAACUAGGUCCAGUAGAUGCUCGGCUUGCACCACAGUUUCGCAAGCUACUGGCUGGUGAGGAGGCAGACAAAUCCACCAGCAGACCAGCAGAGGGCCAAAAGAGCAGAAUCUCCAGUAAGAAGGAAAAGGAUUCUGGAGCAGCUAUACCUGAGGCUGAUGAGGACUCAGACUCUGAUCUGGACGAGGAAGCGGCUUUACGUUUCUACAGAGAUGUGGCAGAACGAUUGAAAUUGAAGAGAAAGGGCAAUGACCCAGAGGCUGAGGAGCUGGAGGAGAAUGAAGAUGAGGAGGAAGAGUCUGAUCCAGACGCAAAGAGAGGAAUCACUUACCAGAUGGCCAAGAACAAGGGGCUCACACCAAAGAGGAAGAAAAUUGACCGCAAUCCCAGAGUCAAGCACAGAGAGAAGUUCAGACGGGCCAAGAUCCGCAGAAAGGGCCAGGUCCGUGAGGUUCGUCGGGAGGAGACACGGUACAGCGGAGAGAUGUCUGGUAUUCGUGCUGGUGUCAAGAAGAGUGUCAAACUUAAGUAACCAAGAAAGAAUCCAAAAUAUGUCGCUGAAUGAAACCAUGGGAUUGAAAAACAGGAAUGGCAUGUACCAAUUUUUAUUAUAGGUGACCCUUGCAGUAUAGCAUAUCACUGAAUUAUUCAACUGUCAGUCAGUGUUGUAGAAAAGAAUUCAAAAUGUUUUCCUGUGCUAGAUCACUGCGCAAUGUGAAUAAACAUUUUAUAAACUCUUAGUAACUUGUAUAUCAUCC